UAUUUGAAUGCAGAAAAAUGGAUAAAGUAUUUUUACGGUCAAGUGAUCAGACGAAAACAAAUUAACAUGUAAAUAGAUAUGGAUCCGUUUCGCUUAGCCGUCAAAACCCCAACAGAUCAAAAUGAAUAUGAUGAAUAUUCCGAUCGCCGAUCGUCCGUUCCGAAGAGUGAUUUCCUCCAAGCCUUGUAAUACUCUCUUAGCUACGUGCGUUCAUUAUAAUUCUUUAUUCUGCUGCGUCGAAUAAAACAUAUAUGGGCUCUUCCUAUCUAUUUUGAGACUAGAUUCUGCAAAGUCAAGGACGAAACAGUCGUUUGUAUAAAGCUGUGUAUGCAUCGCACGAGGAGACUGGGAUUCUUCAAGAUUUCAGGGAAAUACAAGGCGGCAGACGAAGCAAAAUGGCGGCCGUGCCAGGUCUCCUCGUCUGUUUCUACUGCGUCAUGGCGUCGGUCUACGCCCAGUCUGCAACACCUAGGAUUAUAACCAUCGGGGCGACGCUUAGCUCAAGAAAACACGAAGAUGUCUUCGCGGAUGCUGUAAAUAAAACCGGCUACAGGUCGACAUCGCUGGUGAUGGAAGCCAACCCCAUACGGACGGCUCUUCUGGUUUGCGAGAAGCUGGUAUCACAGAAGGUGUAUGCUGUGAUUGCCAGUCACCCCACGGACUCAGACCUUGCCCCUGUGUCUGUGUCCUACACGUCCGGGUUCUAUCGGAUCCCAGUCAUCGGGAUCAGCAACAGAGAAUCCAUCUUCUCGGACAAGAACAUCCACCAGUCCUUCCUGCGGACAGUCCCUCCAUACUCCCAGCAGGCGGACGUGUGGUUCUCCAUCCUCAACUACUUCAAGUGGAAACAUGUCAUCCUCAUCACCAGUAGUGACCGGGAUGGGAGAGCCAUGCUCAACAAGUUUGAGACCCUCGUGGAAGACUCCGAUGUCAAGAUAGAGAAGUACUUACCCUACCAGCCCGGUACCAACAAUGUCACUAGUCUGUUGGCUCAGACAGAGGAUGUGGAGUCCAGAGUGCUGCUGCUAUACUGCAGUGAGGAGGAUGGUGUGGUGUUCUACAGAGAUGCCAAGGCUCUGAACAUGACCAGAUACGGGUUUGUGUGGAUUGUGUCUGAGCAGGCUGUCACCGGGAAGGCUUUGAAAGUUGCACCUGAGGGUGUGCUUGGGUUACAGCUGGUGAAUGGUUCAAACGAGGACGCCCAUAUCCACGAUGCCGUUGCCGUGGUGAAGGCCGGCCUGACCACUAUGUUCGGGAAGGAGAACGUCACAGAACCGCCGCGGGGCUGCCGCAACGAAACGGGAUACUGGAAGAACGGACGAGCAUUCUACGAGUAUCUGAUUAACACCCGCCUGUUGUCAGGACAGACAGGGGUGGUGAGAUUUGACAACGUUGGAGACAGAGACUCAGCAGAGUACACCAUUGUGAAUGUGCAGAGAGCUAAAGGCCUGCGCCCUGUUGGCAACUGGUCCAACAUUGGAGAAACACAGAUCAAGAUUAACGGAGAUCAGAUCAUCUGGCCAGGAGGGGAGACCAAGAGACCUGAGGGCUUCAACAUCUCCACCAGACUCAAAAUUGUAGUUAUAGAGUCGCACCCCUUCGUCUAUAUAAAACCAGUGCAGUCGGAUGGCUUGUGUGUGGACCGUGCCGUGCCAUGUUAUGCUCCUAACAAUACCGUCUAUGGUAGUAAUGCUGGGGAGAUGCAGUGUUGUGAGGGGUUCUGUAUCAACUUGCUGAAGCAACUUGCCCAGAAGCUCAACUUCACCUACGACGUCCACCUGGUCAAGGAUGGCAAGUUUGGAACACAAGAGAGGGCAAAUAACAGCAACAAGAAAGAGUGGAACGGCAUGAUUGGGGAGCUGCUAAGAGGAGAGGCAGAUCUGAUUGUGGCGCCCCUCACCAUCAACAAUGAGCGUGCCCAGUACAUAGAGUUCUCCAAGCCCUUCAAGUACCAGGGCCUUACCAUUCUGGUGAAAAAGGAAACCCAGAAGAGCAGUCUGGAUUCGUUCCUCCAACCGUUCCAGAGCACACUGUGGCUUCUGGUUGGCCUGUCCGUCCAUGUGGUGGCACUCAUGCUGUACCUACUGGACCGCUUCAGUCCCUUUGGACGUUUUAAACUCAGUAACGAUGAAGAAGAAGAGGACGCCCUGAACCUGUCCAGCGCCAUGUGGUUCUCCUGGGGUGUGCUGCUCAACAGUGGUAUUGGAGAAGGAACUCCACGCAGCUUCAGUGCACGUGUGUUAGGCAUGGUGUGGGCAGGGUUUGCCAUGAUCAUUGUGGCCUCCUACACUGCCAACCUGGCUGCCUUCCUGGUGCUGGACAGACCAGAGGCCAGCAUCUCGGGUAUCAACGAUGCAAGGCUGAGGAACCCCUCCGACAAGUUCAUCUAUGCGACAGUGAAGGGCAGCUCGGUGGACAUGUACUUCCGGCGCCAGGUGGAGUUCAGCACCAUGUACAGAGCCAUGGAGAAGCACAACUACGACAACUCUGCAGACGCCAUCGCUGCUGUGAAAAGAGGUACCUUGCGUCAGUAUAUCUGGAUCUCCCUAAAGUAUAAAUGUUUAUUAAGAUGUGAUUUUAUGACGUAUUGUUCAGGUUUUGGGAUUGGGAUGCGGAAGGACAGUCCGUGGGGACAGGAGAUCUCCCUACAGAUCCUCAGCUUCCAUGAGAGCGGCUUCAUGGAGGAGCUGGACCGGGAGUGGGUCCGGUACGAGGACUGCCAGACCAGCAAGAACUCACCAGCAACACUGACGUUUGAAAACAUGGCAGGUGUUUUCAUGCUUGUUGCUGGAGGCAUAGUGGCAGGAGUGUUCCUGAUCUUUAUUGAGAUUGCCUACAAACGCCAUCGCACCAGGAAGGAGAAGGAGACACAGCUAGCUAAGGCCGCUGUCGGCAAGUGGAAGAAAUGUGCUGCCGACAAGAACAUGAAGAAGCCAAGCAGAGGCUUCAGCCUCAGGAAGAGUAAGAAGAGCAAGGCCAAUGACAACAAAGCACACAAGACCGUGAAGGCAGACAACAUCGGCAUCGAGGUUCAGGCUGCUGAGAUGAUGUCCCAGCAGAGCGGACCGCCCUCCAUGAUGACUGACCUCAGCACCAGUAGCUUCCGCCAGUCUAGUGUGGUCAGGAAGAACCCCAUCUACCACAACUCCGACGUGGACGAAAACGUCGUCUAGCGCGCACUGCAUCGGUGCAAUCAAGUCUCUACUUAUAUCCCCUCUUCAGGAUUAUCAUGAACUGUAAAUGUGAGAAAUUGGACUUAUCCAAAUUUUAGACUGAACUGCAUUGGUUAGUCUUUGUUAAGGAGUCAAAUUAUGUUAUGUAGAUGGGACAGGAGAAUCGUUGAACCCCAUCUACCAUAACUCCGACAUGGACAAAAAUGUCAUCUAGCACAGCCUACAUCGGUCAAGUCUCUACUUAUAUCCCCUCUUCAGAAACUGUAAAUGUGAGAAAUUGGACUUACCCAAAUUUUAGACUGAACCUUACUACUAGUUAGUCUUUGUCAAGGAGUAAAUCAUGUUAUGUAGAUGGGACGGGAGCCAAAAGUUUAUCACAUCUCCUGUCUCUGUUGAUGUAACCUCCACCAGACCUUUCUACAGGGGUAUGGGAACCGUAGAAUUUGGCCCCAAAAAUCUGUAAAUUUGCAAGAUGAGUCGUGAUCAGUUCACACUAAGGUUAGCAUUCUGCCGCCAAUCAAAUCCGUUGGUAGCAAAACUCCCAUAGCAAAUUAUUCUCCUUGUAAUAUCCAGUAUAGUCAGUCCGGUAGAGAUAAAUAUUGAUGGACAGUUGUAAAACCCUGAUGUAUGUAGGUUGAUAAGUCAUUUGAAAGUCAAGUGUCCUAACAAAGUGGACAUGGAAAUGUCAUCUACCACAACUCCUACAUACAUGUAGGUAAAACGGUUACCUAGCUGCCUAUAUAUGAUCAGUGAAUCGAGUCAAGUGACUAGUAAACUGUAUAAUAAAGACAGUUUAUGGUGUCCCCUGUCCCUGUUUUUAAAAAGUCCUGAUGUAUGAACUUUAAGUUAAAGUUAUGGUAUAAACUUUAAGGUUGAGGCUCCCUCAAGUAAAUUAGAAUAGGAGCAAAAUUAAAGGCAAACUAUGGCACAUGUCAAAACAGAGCUUUAUUCCAAAUUCAGGCAAAUUAGUCAAAGGCAUAUUAGGGUGCAUGUCAACGCAGAGCUUCAUUCAGAUUCAUCCAAAUAAGAAACAUGUUAGAUAAUCAUAGUGCAAUACUACUUUGUUGUUCUUAUUUUCUAUUCCCCAUUCAUAAAAAAGGUCAAAGAGCAUUGGACUCUUUUUCCUCAUACUUACUAACCCAGUGCCCAUCCCCAAGUGUAGAUAAUAGGAUAGGAGUAUUGUCGCAGCAAUUUCUAUCUUAAAUCAGUGAAAAAGUGUAGUGUUGGCUCCACGGUCACAUAACAUGGUUGUAGUCUGACCAAAUCGCCCGACUGACCGCCCCCUCUCUAGAAGGGAGCCAAAGACCGUUAGCCCCUGGUAGCCAGAUACUGUGUAACACAGGACAGCAUUGUCUAUAUAUAGACUGUAUGUUCAUAUAGUAGAGUUGAUUCAUUCCUCAGCUAGCCAACAUCUAUUGUACCACAGUCAUCCUUUAGUAAGACAUCUGAAGUCACAUAUUUGCUACAGCAUUAGUAGGUACCAGUCCGGUAAUCACUGUAAAGAUACCAGGGCGGUAUGCACACUUUGUGUAUUAUUGCCCUUAAGCCUCUAGUCACUGAAUAAGUUGUACACAACGAAACCAGUUUGGCAAAAGUUCUAAGCAUAAGGGUCCAGAUGUCUUACUAAAGGAUGACUGCAGUGCAAUAGAUGUCAGUUAGCUGAGGAAC